AUGUCGUUGAUCAUACAGUUAAAACGGAAGAAGGCCAGUAUCCCUAAGUUGUUUGAGAUGAAGGUGCCCGUGAUAACACAAGCGAUAUACCACCCAUCUAUCGAGAAUUCUGAGCUAUUAAUCGAUGCGCUAGACGCUAUACGAAGUGAGGGAGUAAUAUCCCAACGACAGAGAGAUAGAUUGUUGAUAUCGAUAAUCGCAUACGGUAAAGAUGCAACUAUGAAGCGAUUAGAAGCAGGCACAUUAGAUCGUCCCUUGAACAUCUAUGCUAAGAGUUCAAGGAAGAAGCCUGGCGACAACAAGACCUCAAAGAAGUCGUAUGAUCAGAAAACCAGUAACUCGAAUCAAUCGAACAACUAUAAAGGCAAGAAGCAAUAUAACAAUAAGAAUAGACGAAAUAGCUAUAAGACGACCGAGGCCACGAACAACUGGACAGAAACAUCCAAAUAG